GCGAUAUCGCGACAAUGAUCCAACCCCACGGGGAAAAUCCCACGGAUUUUCGCUAGAUAAGCAACCGAGGUUACCCCUUAACUUCCGGCGACCAUCCAUUCGUCAGUCCAAUUAUAUCCUAAUGAACCCCGGAAAAGGACCAUUACAUACGUUAUCGUCAUGCCUGCAGUAGAUCUCGGGAGUUGCCUAAAGCCGGCGGAAUGUGACGUCCCCACGAUCGGGUGCCGAUCAGGCGGGUGAGGGUAGAGAGGUGAGGGCGGACCUGAGGCCCGGUGUGAAAUGAUGGGAUUUUCUUUCGCUUUUGGAUUACCAAUUGUUAUGUAAGAAAGAAAACACGAAGAUCAAUUCCACCAGUGACAAUGGCUGUCGGAAUUAAGAUCGUCGCAGGCCUUGCCUUCCAUGUGACGGUUUUCGCUGCGGCCGCUACCGAGCCACAGUUCAAACCAUCCAGAUCACGGUCAACUACAGUCGACCUAUCACCAUUUUACAAUAAUAAAGCAUUCGGUACAUACCCAGGUGAAGCCUCCUUCGAUACACUGGGUCAAUCGUACCCCGCGCCGGACUUGAAUACGCCGUUCUACACCUCAAGCUACACGGGUAUAGUAUACUCAUUCCCGGGUUAUACCGGCCCCGAUGAGUCGGAUAACGUAAUUUGUAGCGGCCAAAGCAUAUCAGUACCAUCCGGUCCGUACUUCUCGGCCUCAUUCCUAGUCUCCGAAGAUAAGGAGGAAGCGACCGUAUCCGGCAAUGUGACCUUCACAUACACCGACAACAGCACAUCGGUGUACGAGUUGCGAUCAUUGGAUUGGUAUAGCUUCUUGACUAUCAAUCGUGGGGAACUAAUUUUCCCGAGCCGUUUCACCGCAACCGGCGUCGACUACAACACGAGUCAUAUCUUUGAGCGUACCGCAUCGCUGAGUCCCGGCAAGCAACUGCGCUCGAUCACUUUGCCUGAAGCAGAUAAUGAGGAUGAUGGGAGAUUACAUGUAUUCGCAAUCUCAUUGUGGGCUGGCGGCUCGGCGGUCAGCGUACAAUCGAUUCGUUCGACUCAAAAGUGGCUCGAUAGCGGCGCGCAGGCAGUCGAGAUUACAAUCAAUAACGCAGGAUCCGAAUGUGUCGCAGGGGAUGGUUUGACGUUUUCUAUCUCGGGAGAUGGACUCGAGACCAUUGAUGAUGGACACCUAAAGCGCUUGUGUCCUGGUGAUCAGAAAAUCGUGACAGUCGGAGUAGAGACAUCAUCGAAUGGGACCGUAAAUGCCUCAGUCAUAAUCAACAAAUGGUCUGUCGAAUUCGAGGGUAUCCAAUUCGGUCUAACCGAAUGGACAACCGACCUCGAUAACAUCGCAAGACACGAAAGUCCAGACUGGUUCAACAAAGCCAAAUACGGAAUUUUCAUCCACUGGGGACCUUAUUCAGUAACAGGCUGGGGAAAUUCAUCUCCCCACGAAAGUUACGCAGAAUGGUUCUGGUGGUACUCAACUCACCACCCCCAAGCCGACUCCUCCGAUUUCUACGAUUAUCGCCUUCGCACCUACGGCGAGGUUUGGGCCUACGACGACACAUUCGCGAAUUUCACCACAUCAAACUACGACCCGAAAGCAUGGGUCGACCUAAUCGCCGACGCGGGGGCAAAGUACUUCGUAAUAACAUCCAAACACCACGACGGCUUCGCCCUCUUCGACACCGGAACCACCAGCAACCGCAGCGCCCUACACCAUGGUCCACACCGGGACGUCCUCGGCGAACUCUUCUCCGCCGCAUCAACAUACCAACCCGCUCUAAAACGCGGAACCUAUUUCUCGCUGCCCGAGUGGUAUAACCCAGACUUCGGACCCUACGGGUUCGACCAAUUCGACCCACACACCAUCCCAGGAACAAACAGUUGGCCCGGCGUUCCGGCUCUGAAUCCAUUUACUGGGCUUAUUGAGCCGUAUGUUGGUUAUAUCCCAGUCGCGGAUUUCCUGACAGAUCUCAUGCUCCCGCAAAUGCAGACUCUGACUAAUAUCUACGGCACCGAUAUAAUGUGGUGCGACUGCGGCGCGGCAAACGUAACCGCGGAAUUCGCCUCUACAUGGUGGAACAUCGCGCGUUCUCAAAACCGGCAAGUAGCUGUAAACUCCCGCUGCGGUGUGCCGCAAGCAGCUGAUUUUGAUACACCGGAAUACGCGCGGUUCAGCACGGCGCAAAGAAGGAAGUGGGAGAGUAAUUUAGGUAUGGAUCCGUAUAGUUACGGAUACAAUCGCGCGACGCCGGAGAAUGCGUAUAUGAAUGCGACUACGUUGAUUUAUACACUUGUUGAUGUCGUGGCUAAGAAUGGGAAUUUGUUGUUGGAUAUUGGUCCGAGAGCGGAUGGGAGUUUGGUACAGGCUGAGGUUGAUAAUUUGCGGGAGGCGGGAGGUUGGAUUAAGACGCAUGGCGAGGCGUUGUUUGAUACGGCUUAUUGGUUUGUACAGAGUGAAAUUAGUGGCGGGCCGGAUGUGAGGUUUACGCAGACGGAUGAGGCGUUUUAUGUGUUGUUCUUAGAACGCCCGGUGGUCCGUGAAGGUGUGGUUGAUGUCCCGGCCCCGGUGCCGAUUCUAGAGGGUGAUGAAGUUAGUCUGUUGGCUAUUGAGGGAGGCGAGGAUUUGGCGUGGAGUGUGGCUAGAAGUGGUGACCAAACCGUCCUCAAGAUCAAAGUUGAUGAUGCACUGUUGGACAAAGAGGAAUUCUGCUGGGUAUUCAAGAUCAGAUAUGCGUGAUUAUCGCGGUAUAUAUGUGCCUAGAUAUGAAUAACUCAAGAUCAAAAGUACCGUACUCCUAGUUAUUUUCAUGUCGGGUAUUCAAAAUGA